AGUAAUGUGAGCCUGUGAAGUCUUUACAGUGAAGUACACUCAGUAGUUAGUAACUUAGUACCUCAAGUACUGUUACAGCCAGACGUGAGUCGACCGCGAAACUCGGCAGACGUCGUACGUACUCUUUCAUCUCUGAUCAUCUCUGAAGACUCUGCGGUAGUGCGGUAUUUGCAAUUUUGUCAGUGUUUCGAGAGAAAACAGUCAGAAAGUUAAAAGACAGUUGCAUUUGCAGUUACUGGAUUACAAUGGCUGACGAUUCAAGAAGUUCUGCAGAGAGUAGUGAUUCAGAGUCAAGCUGUGACGAAGAAAGGAACCAAGUAGAUGAAACGCAGUCAGCGAGCAAUGUAUUUAAGAAUGAUGGAUCAUUCUUGGAAAUGUUUAAAAAAAUGCAGGAUAAAAAAGUACAAGAAGAAUGUAAAUUGCCACAGUCUGUGGUGAAAGAAGAAUCAAAAGAUACAACUCAUACAAGCAGUGUUCAAUCUGAAGUUUUGAAGGCCAGCAGCUGUGAACCUAGUUCUCAGUCUGCGUCAACAUCUGCAACUGCAAGGAAACCUUUCUUGAGUUGUGUGGGCAAGAGGCGCGGUGGUCGCAUCUUACCUACAGGCAUUGUCAAGAAGGCUAAGAAAUCCCAGGAUGGGGCUCAGGAAGCUGAGCCUAAUGAUGCCUGGUCUCGUUAUCUGAGUGAGGUGCGCAAGUACAGGGAACAGUCCUGCGAAGAAGAGGGAAAACGACGUCCCCUUGUCAAGUGAAACUUCCGUCUUGUCAAGUGAAACUUCCGUCAUACCUGAGGGUUGCAUUUAAUGGAUCUAUGAGAUUUUGAUCAAUUAAUUGUUUCUGUUAAACACUAUUUAGUAUUAUUCAUCAUCUGGGAAUAGAAAAACUCCAAUGAAGCCUAAAUGUUACUGCAUCUGAAGAUGGAUUUGAAAACUAGAUGAAUUUACUCAAAAUCAUGGACUGGAUCAUGGUGUACGAUUAAGUCCACUGACAACAUAGUGGAACACAAGUUAAUGGUCAUGUUGUGGUGUGGUUAGCAACCUGAGCAAUUCCUAUCACCUAUCGUGUGAUGACAUUUGCUUAAGCCACAUAAUUUUUGCUAUGAGGAACAGAUUUGAGGUCUGUAAAUUGCUGCAAUUACUAUUUUGAAAUAAGCAAUGCAAUCAUUUUACGAAAUUGACUGAUAAAAAAGUUUUUACGGCAAUGUUGAUGAAGUGAUAAAUUGGAUGAAUUUAUCCUCAUGAGUUGCAUUAUGGUGGCAAUGUUUAUUUGCCGAAUAUAAUAACAAAUUUAGUGUUCCUGCUUCUUGUCACAGAUAAACUCCCUGCUGCUUCACCUAGUUUUAUCUGGUGUCUCAGAGGCACUAAUAAAUCAUGUUGACAUACGGCAUUGGCUCCUUCGACUAAAUAGGUGUUGAAUCAUCUCAGGAUGAAUGUUGCUCCUCUGAAAACUUGUUUGUUAAAUCUUAAUGUACUAAAUAUUGGGUGAAUCUAAGUUUAUGUACUUACCUCAUUUGAGAUUUCAUUUUAAUUAAAUUGCACUCUAUUGCUGGUUUAAUUUAAUAAUAAACAACGAUCUAAACCACUAUUCUGAAUUAAUUAAACGUUCACUAUGAUGAAUGUGGACUCAAGAAGAUUAGUUCAUGAUGAAGUUUUUUCUGGCAUUACCAAGGUCAUUACUUGAGAAGUAAAUUUCUACAAAAUUAUAAAUCAAUUUGUUGAAAUAAGCUGCAUUUGUGCUUAGUCAAACUAAAAUUAAUUUUCCUUGGUGUUUGCACUUCUCAUCUUAUUGAUGCAACCAGCAACAUUUUCCAUGUAAUUGCCACCCUUUUAUGUCGUAGGAGUGUGGCCUUUUUGUUUCAAGUUGGACUGUGUUCCUGUUUCAUCAAGUCAUAGGUUUUCAUUACCUUUGGUUCAGCAGGGAUACUUGAAAAAAACGUUCUUAACUACUGCUGCCAUCCUUUUCUUUGAGCAUUAUCAUAAAUUUCCAGAUUAUUCACGUCUCCCAUGCAGUUCACAAGCAGUACUACCGUAGUUGAUCAUCAGGCAUGGAAUGCCUAGUGUAAUAAGAUUGAGAUUUGCUCUUGGAAGAAAUAAGGUUCCUCUUUGUUCACCUUCUUGUUACUCACUCAUCUUUCAUGUCCAAUUUUAUUCAUCCACUCAUUUCAUUUGCAUAUUUUCUUAAAGCCUUCUAGUUAUUUUUUCAAAAAGAGAUAUCUCUCUCGUGUCUCGUUCAUUUGCUCUCCAGAUACCUGAUACUAUAUUUUAAUCUUGUAUUUACAUAAUACCUCUCUGAGUCCUCUAACUUGCCUAAAUAAUACAAGCUCCCAAGUUUUCAAACAGUUGUUGACUCAGUCUCAGUUUUUUUCUGUCACUCUUUUGUCCAGGUACACUUUCUCUUGACAUUGACUCUCCCAAUUAGGUCAUUCAUUGCAAACAUACCUUAUAUUCAUAUCGUACCGAAACCUUAAUGUUACUCACCAAGCCUGCUGAUACCCUCCAUUUUAUUAUUGCUAGCACAGAAAUUUUGUCAUAUAUGUUAGCAAGGACAAUUUUGUUGUUCUUUAAUCAUUUUAAUUGCCUACCUUUGGCUGCAGAAUUUUAGUUUUCAUUGUGCACGUAACUCAUUUACAGACUGCAUUGAAUCUAUUCAUCAAUUUAAUUAUUGCCUUCAUUUACCAUACUUAUCAAAUUUUCAUGGAGUCUCUCUUUCUCUUAUCAGUUCCUUUUCCAGUCAUUCUAACACUGCUUCUAUAUUCAUCUCCCAUUCAACUAGGAUCUUUGUGUUCUAGAGUCUCUGUAUUUCUCAAGGUCGAAACAACUCAUUCACAACACUGAUGUCCUCCAAAAAUAAUUCAACUCUUUACUCUGUCAUCGCUUCUUUUUCACACACCUUAAUGAUGUAUUGUUGACUCCUGUAAUUUAUUUACCACUUGGGAAGACAUUUAAUCAAAUUUGACGUAUUUUAUACCUAUCAAUAUUUUUUUUAAUAUGCUCUGGUCUCACUUGAUAGAAGGUUCCUCAGGCUCUUCCCUCUGUUGAUUUACUGAUGAUAUCCAUGCCAGCUUGCUCUCCUGCUUAUAUUUGUUACUCUUACGUCUCUUAUAUCCUCUGUUCUUCCGUUGGUACCUCUUAUCAUUUAUAACUCUUGGGUAUGUUUGCCAAUUUUGCCUGGUAGUAUUUUGAGACAGCACCUCUCAUUUUCUUCCUACAUUUCGUUUUCCCUACUAUUCCAUAACAUAUUCACCUUCUAUUCCAUUAACAAUAUUUUUUCUUAACUUUCUCCUCCUCUCUAUCAUUUUUAAAAUACUGGUCAUUACUAAAGUGCGCUUUAUUUCUUAAUGUCUGCCUCACGUCCGCCUCGUUCAACUCCACGUUUUCCAUUUAUCCCUAACUCAAAAGUUGCUCUCUUAAUUCACUAGUUCGCUAAAAUUGCGUUGUAUGCCUAAGUAUGUCACCGAACACAACAAUCUUCUCAUUGUAAUGGCCAUCUAUCUCUUUAUUAAUUGCCUUGUAUGCCUUUUUAUGUCACCAAGCCCCAUAAUCUUCUCUUUGUAAUGGUCAUCAAUCACUUUAUUAAUUGACUUGUAUGCCUUUGUAUGUCACUAAGCCCCAUAAUCUUCUCAUUGUAAUGGUCAUCCAUCACUCUAUUAAUUACCUUGUAUGCCUGUAUAUGUCACCGAACGCUGCAUAAAAAAUAUUUUGCUAGCGUUAAAAAAAAUUCACGUCGCAUCCGGUAGUUGAAAAAAAAGUUCAAAUUAUGGGUAGUAUUCACUUUAAUCCUGAAAGACUAAAACAUUCAGUUAUACAUGUCAAUAUCUCAAAAAAUAAACAGAAAAAAUGUACUAGAACAUUCGGCACGGCCACCUUUGUUUUUCCACCCUAACCUCUCUCAACCCUCCAUUCCUCAAUACCCCACUCUUAUCAUCCUCCUCCUCUCCCUCAACCUUCAACGUUUUCCGAUCAUCUCUACACACUCUCAAACAUAGCUACAGUUGCUCCUCAUACAGACACACAAUUAUUACCAUCCACUCUUCGUUUGUUCUCUCAGAGUGCCCUUUAUGGGGCACUUCUCACCUUUAUGUUUCACGUAUACAUCUUUCGUGCCCAAAAUUCAUCGUCCAUUCGCUCCAGUCUCACUUUAUAUCUCAAAACUUAUCUCAUUCUUCUCUCCUUAAAGGUACUCCAUCCCAUGUGCCCUCUCAGGGCCUCCGCCGCAGUCCACCUGGGGGGCUCCUAGUGCCAAUCUCACCACUCUAUUCUGUACCAAUUCCAGUUUAUCUGGCUCACCAUCACUCUAUGCUACCACGUCCAAUCAAUACUGAAACUGCUACUGUUACUUGCUCAAACUUUUGCUGCACUUCCAAAUAUAUACCUAAAUAUUGAUUCGCCUUCCUUAAAUUCUCGUCCUUUUGUUCUCUCACAUCCCUCCUGGUCCACACACACCCCUAAGUACCUACAAUCAUUUGUCCUAACUAUCUCAUUCCCUCCCAAAAGCGUCACUCUGCUCAUACCCUCAGCCGGUCCAUUCACAACAGGUAUUUGGCUCUUCACCGCACUGAAUUGCACAUUGAAGUCAAUCCCAUACCCGGUUCCAUAGUCCGUCAUAAAAAGAGAGCAUACUUUCACUCAUCACAGCAUCAUCGUCAUACAGAAGCAUCUGUAUGCUGAUAGCCGUCUCUUCUGUGUUAAGGUUCAAGAGAAGCGGAGACUGCAUAAAUCCUUGUCGUACGCCCCUCCUGCUCCUCACCUAGUCCGUCUCCUCAUCUCCCAGUCUAUAUUUUGCUCUAGUUUUCACAUACGUACGGUGCUUCUUACGAGCCUCACAGGUUUUUUUCAGUCAUUCCAAUUUUUUCUAGUGCUUGACGCAGAAGUUCUCUAUCAACCCGGUCAUGCGUUUUUGUUAUGCACAGAAAAUCCAAGCAUAGUUUCUCUUUCUUUUCAUUCUCCCGAUCAGCACAUUCACAACAAAUAUAUUAUCUUCAGUUACAUCUAAAACCAUUUAGCUCUUCACCAAGCUCUCUCUCGUUCCUCAUACAUCUUUGCAUUCGCUCAUUCAUUACCGCACAAAAAAUCUUACCACUGGUGUCAGUAAAUGCAAUCUGUCUGUAAUUCUUAAGUUCCUUCUUGCUCUUGUGGCCUCCCUUGUGUAACACGGUAACCCGGCUUUCAUUCCACGCAUCAGGUACACGUCAGUUGUCCUACAACAUUAAAUAAUCAGUCAGUCUGCCAUUGCACUCUCACCUCAAUACUUGUACAUCUCGUAUGGUAUCUCGUCCAUUCCAGCUGUCUUAUUAUUCAGUAUUUCUACCUCUCGUUUCACUUCAUCAUUUGUAAUUUCUUCAUCUGUGCCACUCGGAGAUCUUUACAUUCUAAUGAAACAACGUUUUCGCCCAAAUAAGGCAUUCAUCCCACCAAUAUCUUCCUAAUCUGUUGUUUUUUCUACUCCUUUUCGUUUUCCUUCUUUUACAUUCAGUUGGUCAAUUUCACUACAUACAUCAAUUGUCAUCUUACGAGUUGACAAUCCACACGUUUUCCAAAACACGACUCUUAUCACUGGAUUGUUUCAUAUUCACAGCACGUGUUUUAUUUCGGCAUUCUCUUUAUCGUCGCUUUGGGAAAUUAAUAACUGCUGCAGUCAUGUUUCUGCUUGUGCAUCCUUUGUGCUCUCGGAAUAUAAUACCUGUUUUACAUGCGUGUUUAUCCGUGAAACACUCGUAUUGAAAUGCUGCAAAGCUUAUUCGACUCUCCAAAUUUGGUAGAAUAGUCCUUAUGAAGGAAAUUUAACGCCUGACAUGCUAUAAAAGGGCCCAUAUGUUA